GGUCUAUUAUUCAGUACUCUCAUCCAAGUUAAUUGUAAUGAUACUGAUACUGAUUUUAGUAGUUGUAAAAAAAAAAUUGAAUUCGACCUGGAAUUUAAUGAAUUCUCAAAUGAUACCCCUUCAUAUGCUGCAAUGAUGCUUGCUGUCAUAGCCCUGUCGGGAAUAGUGAUGCGACUUGAGAAUAGGUACCAACUUAGAAUAAACGGAAAACAACCUUUAAUUAGGUUUUCUCAAGGGUGGAAUCUUGGCGGAAUUAUUGUUGUUUGUUCGUAUCAUAUAUUGAGGCUUAUUUAUUGGAGUCGUAAGAAAGCAGAAGAAGAUCAGUUAGAGGCAUCAAAUAUGACAGGGAUCCUCCAAAUGGAAUUACAAGAAUUUAGAAAUCAAAAAGCUCUUGAUGUAUUUUUGGCAUGGGCAUGA